UAUGUCACAUGGCUCCGCCCACAGGAGAUCUGCAAGCAGCCUCAGCUCUUCCCCGAUGACCCUGUGGAGGCCCACCCAAAGCAAGGCAUCCUGGGAGACUGCUGGUUGCUCUGUGCCUGCUCCAUGUUACUCAAGAACCAGCAUCUUCUGAACAAGGUAUUUCCACCAGAGCAGCCUUUGUGGGGUGACCGUGUUUACCACGGUGAGUUCCGGGUCCAGUUCUGGCAGAACGGGCGCUGGAUAGAGGUACGGGUGGAUGACCAGCUGCCCUGUAUCAAUGACACUCUCAGCUUUUCACGAUGCCAGAGCCCUAGGGCAUUCUGGGUAGCACUUUUGGAGAAAGCUUAUGCCAAGUUACAUGGUUCGUACGAGCGUUUGUGGGCGGGGCAAGUAUGUGAGGCAGUUGUGGACUUGAGCGGAACCAUAGCAGUACGAUGGAAUCUAAAAGGGGCGGAGUCUCCACAACAGCCCAACGACUCCCAGACUCAACACACACCUAAUGGGAUGAGACUAUCUGAACUCUCACUGGAGCUGAAGGAGCGAUGUGCCAUCGGCUGCUGUGUCCACUGCGCCCCUACAGGUAUCCCAGAGCUUGGUCAGUUCCACGCCAUGAGUGUGAUGGAGUGGACAAAUGUGACAACCACUACAGGUGAACAAGUGGAGCUGAUCAGGAUACGAAACCCCUGGGGCAGGAGGAGCUGGACCGGCGUCUGGAGAGAGAGUGGAUCAGGUUGGGCUUCUCUGGAGCCCUCCUGUUCCCAGGCUCUACUGGGCCGCACGGCAGAGGGGGAAUUCUGGAUGGACGAGACAGAAUUCCAGCAGGAAUUUGAUGAGGUUACAGUAGGCUAUCCCCUCAGUGAUGCAGGACACCUCCAAAGCAUCUACACAGGAAGCUAUCUAACCCACAGCCACCAAAUUGGAGGUCGCUGGGUCAAAGGUCACUCUGCGGGCGGUUGCCGUAACAAUAACACUUUUAGUAUCAACCCUAAGUUCUGGUUAAAACUGUGUGAGAGAGGGGAAGUGUUGCUGUCAUUGCUGCAGUACAGACAUCCUGAACCACCAGCAGAGGGCGGCACUCAGCAGCACUCACACCUCCAGGCCAUUGCACUGCAUGUGUGGAAGGUGGAGAAGAAACACUUUAACCUGAUGCGGACGCUGAACAAUCCACCGCUUGUGUCGCACAUGCAUGCGUACAAUCGGGAAGUGGUAGUGCACACUCACCUGAAUCCUGGUUUUUACCUGUUGGUGCCUAGUACCUUCCUGCAGGGAGCGGAGGGCCGGUUCCUUCUGAGAGUUCAUUCUUCCUGCUCUACCUCUCUCAGUGUGAUGAAAUCCCCUCCUCCUCUUCAACACUGUUCAGAGGGCGAGUGGGAAACCAUCAUCUCUCAUGGCUGUUGGUCCGUUGGUUCUACUGCAGGAGGAAGUCGCAACUUCACCACACAUGGACUCAACCCCCGUAUACCCUUUACUGUGACCUAUGACCCUGGAGGUAACAACGUAAAGGUCACAUUAUGCCAAAACAGGCCUGAAAAUUCCCUCCAUGCCAUCGGCUUUCAUAUUUAUAAGGUACCUGAUGGUGACUCUCUUUUAAGCCCUGGUGCCAUGUCUCCGGUGGUUAGCUGUGUACCUCAUGCCCACUCCCAGGAGGUCAGUGUGUUUUGCCGUCUACAGCCGGGCAAGUACGUCAUAAUUCCCUCCACCUACCAGCCAGAACUCAGCGCCCACUUCACGCUCACUUUUACAUGCAGGAUAAAUCGGAAAGCAAUGCAGAGUCAAGAGCUUCUGGGCCAUGCCGUUCAGGAGGUCUCCUGUAUCUCUGUGAUGAGACGAUAGGAAGUGGAUCACAUGCCUAUGUUGAGAUGAAAGUCUUGCCCUCCAUCCUCAGGACAGGAGUCUCAUGGUGUGUAGUAUGUGGCUCUGCACAGCCUCAUCCACCCUAAUGGGAGCCAUUGGUGCAAUUCACUUACCACAAACAGCUACCAAAACUCACCAGCGGUGGAUAAAUCAUAGUAUAAACCAGGGGUGUCCAAAGUUGGUCCUGUAGGGCC